AUGUCUGAUACACCAUUUAUAUUUGAUGAGAAGUGCAUGCUGGCAUUUGAAAACUUGAAAAAGAAGUUGUCCUCAGCUCCUAUCAUCACCCCACCUGAUUGGAACUUGCCAUUCCAACUGAUGUGUGAUGCAUCUGAUUUCGCAGUUGGGGAAUUCAAUAUUGAGAUUAGAGACAAAAAGGGCGUGGAGAACAAAGUAGCAGAUCAUAUAUCCAGGAUCCCUUGUGAGAAAGAUGCUACACAUGAUACAAGUGUGAAUGAGUUCUUUCCAGAUGAGCAGUUAAUGUUGGUUCACAAGGCACCCUGGUUUGCAGAUAUUGCCAAUUUUAAGGCAGUUGGUGCAUUUCAGAAGAAGAGGGACGAGAGGUCCUAUGGAAUUGCCAUGGUUCUAGCUAUGGAGGUCAUUUUGGAGGAGAAAGAAUCGCAGCGAAGGUGCUGCAAUGUGGGUUCUUCUGGCCUACUAUCUUCAAGGAUGCUAAGGAAUUGGUGA